CCCGUACCCUAAACGAAAAUAACACGCCGAAUACCGACGCGAUACACAACCCAGGGACCAAAGCCCCACUUCGCGAUUAUAAAAAUUGCCCCUCUUUCUCGCCUCGUCUUGGGACUCUUUUCUUCUUCCCCUCUUCCCCUCAUUCUAUCUCGUUUCUUGAUUAUUCGAUCCCGGAAUCUCAAAAUGGGCGUCAUCAAGCAGACUCUCGCACCCGGCAACGGUGUCGACAUCCCCCAAAAAAAUGACGAAGUCGCCAUGCACUACACGGGAUGGCUGUAUGACCAAAACGCGCCGGAGAACAAGGGAACGAAGUUUGAUAGCUCCUACGACCGGGGCCAGCCCUUGCGUGUGGCCAUUGGCACUGGACGUGUUAUCAGAGGUUGGGACGAGGGUGUCCCUCAGAUGACUCUGGGCGAGAGAGCCCUAUUGACCAUCACCGGAGACUACGCCUAUGGAGCGAGGGGCUUCCCCGGCUUGAUCCCCCCCAACGCUACCCUCCUCUUCGAGGUCCAGCUCGUGUCGAUCAACGGCAAAACCGCUUAAUUCUUAGUGCGCAAUGGCAUAAAGCUACGUGAGGCAAAAACAAUGGCUUUCACUAUAGACAAAUUGACUGCGUGGAUGUGCUGGAUUUCUACUCUUCCUUCGAAUAGUCGUAAGCUUGAAUCCUUCGGGUUAGAUGGUGGUAUUGGUAGAGAUGAACCACGCGUGCUAUGCAGGUAUUAUGUCGUUUGUCUCCUGGAUCUGUUAAACGUAGCGACCAAUGGCGCUGAACGUAGUUACCGAUGGAUCUAUAUCAGGCAGUAUAUGUGUACUAUGCUUAAGUGUCCCACUACGAACGUAUCGGCAUGCCUACUUAAUUGCAUAGCAUAUACCCUCUACGACGUAUGUAUUUUACCAUUUUUUUUUUUAAAAAAA